AUGAAUUGUGCCAGGGUAGAUGUGUUUAGUGUUAAUGUCUCGAUUAAAUCUACGCCAGAAUUGGAUAUUACAUGUUAUUAUGAGAUGGAAGACAACGAAGACUUUAAAGGACUGACCAUUAAAUUAAACGGAACUUCUGUUUACACAUGGGAUCAAAGAUCUGGUAAAAAACCUGAACUAAACAAUGCUCUUCGAUUGAACAUGGUGACGCAACCACAACCUGGACCAAGCAAGUCAUUAAUUAGAGUCUGGAUGGAUGACAAUCAUGAAAUACGUACCGAAAAAAUUGGCGAUAAAACUCCCAAUACGGGGGCAUUCACUAAACAGGGCGUAUCAACCAUUGCGAUGACAUUGUUUAUAAUACUCAUCAAUAAAGUGUUAAGCAUGUAA